UUUUUUAUAAACAAAAAUUAUUAUAUUUUGGUGGAAGUCGAGAGAGAUAAUCACCGGUUGGAGAAAAGUAAAAAUAAUUAAUUUUUUAUUUUUGAGGAGCAAUUUUGAAUUUAAUAAAAAUGUUCGCAAUUAAACGGAUUGCCGCAGCGAUUCCGCGUACAGGAAUAAUUUUACGAAAGAAGCAUACAUUACCCGACCUACCAUACGAUUACAAAGCACUGGAGCCAAUAAUCUGCGCAGAAAUAAUGCAGCUCCAUCAUUCCAAGCACCACGCCACAUAUGUUAACAAUCUGAACGUCGCUGAAGAAAAAUUAAAGGAAGCGGUUGCCAAGGGCGACGUUAACACCCAAAUAGCAUUGGCUCCUGCCAUUAAAUUCAACGGCGGCGGGCACUUGAAUCAUUCUAUCUUCUGGAACAAUUUAUCACCGAGUUCCAGCAAGCCCGAUGCUGCAUUGAUGAAGAAAAUCGAAGCGGACUUCUCAAGCUUAGACGAAAUGAAGAAACGUUUGUCUGAAUCAACAGUCGCUAUCCAGGGCUCAGGAUGGGGAUGGCUAGGGUACAACCAAAAAGAAAAAAGGCUCCAGAUAGCGACUUGUGCUAAUCAAGAUCCACUGCAAGCCACCACUGGCUUGGUUCCGCUUCUGGGUAUCGACGUUUGGGAACACGCUUAUUAUUUGCAGUACAAAAACGUCAGGCCGGAUUACGUUAAAGCUAUAUUUGAUAUCGUUAAUUGGAAUGAUGUCAGUGCUAGAUUUAAACAAGCUGGCGGUUCAUAAGUAAUUUUAUUAUUAAUUAUUUUUAUUAUUAUUAUUAAUAUUAUUAUUAUUAUAUACUAUGAUAAACU